UCUACGAUGUUGCUUCCUAUCAUGGUACCAUCUAUGGUGCGAGAGGAUAUGAGCCUUCAAAAGAAACACUGGAUGGUGACACUACAAGAAGUUUUCUACCCUUCUCUAGCAGCUGUGGGUAUCCCCUCCAACAUCAUCACCUUUCUGAUCAUCUGGAGGAGGAACUGCAUGCUUUCCAGGUCUAGCACCUUCUACCUGAUGGCCAUUUCUGUGGCUGACAACCUUGUUCUGAUCUUCAUUGUGGUUCUUGAGCUUUCUGUUAAGUACCACCAGCAAGAGCCAUUUUGGAGUUACGAGCCAUGGUGCAGCCUGAGGGACAUUUUUAACUAUGGAGCGUAUAACGCCUCCACAUGGCUGGUGGUUGUGUUUACAGUGGAACGUUUUGUUGCCAUCCACACCUGGAAAAUGAAAACGAAAAUCUGCACUCCGAGAUGUGCAGCAUGGACUAUAACGACUGUUUUCCUCUUCAGUCAUCUUUUUGCCAUUCCUUACUACUGGUCUAAUGCCUCAGUCUACAAGAAUAACCAGACCAGAUGUAUUUAUAAACCAGAGGCCCCGUCUCAUUUCAUUCACGCCCUGGUUUGGUUUCAAACGCUGGAAACCUACAUAUUCCCCUUCCUCGUCAUCCUCACUCUUAACGGGCUGACCCUGCGCCUAAUCUCUCUCAGCAAUCGGGUUCAUAUCACUUCUGAUUUGACUUCGAGGGUCAACAAAGUCAUGCCCCUGCUGCGCUCCAGGAAGAGAAAAUCUGUGGUGCUUCUGGUGACUGUGUCCAUGAGUUUCGUGCUGCUGUCUGUCACCCGUGCUAUAACUCAGAUCAUCCUUCGCACGACUCCCAUGUACACUUUGGAUCGUAACGAUUAUAACCUCGGGAUAAAUAUAGCAGCAGACACUGGCACCAUACUAAGCCUGAGCAACGCAGCUGCUAACAUGUACCUGUAUGUAUGCACCCAGUACAAGUUUCGCCAGGAGUUCUUUGCCUGUGUCAGACAGGUGUCCUUCUACUGCAAAACUAAACUCUAGACAGAAAAACCCCUCAGUUUCUUUAAUAAACACAAUUACUGACACAUUGUCCUUGAGGAUGUUGGUACAGGUGUACUUUCCUGUUGUCUGGGAACAGAGGAAAUGAUCUCACGGCAGUCAUAACUGGUUAAUGAGUUUGUUUUUCUCAGCAGAAAACAAGGCCUUUAAUUGAACUGAAACUCCAUAAAACAAUUUAAUUUUCUUUAUUAGUGUUUUACUCAUUCUGUCCCUCUAGGGAGAUGGAUUUCCUCCAUGUUAAUGAUCCUGACAUACAUCUCCACUGUUUGACAUGGUAGUUUAAAUUUCAGAAUCAAUUUCCUGCAAUUGGUUUCCAGACCCAGAGCAAACAAACAGGAAGGCCUGACUUUACAGCCAUUGUCACUCUUGGCAAGGCAGUUUGUAAUAUUCUGUGCAAAGUAAUGUGCAAAGUUUGCUGUAUCAUGACAAAUCAAUCAAUUCUAGCUAGAUUUUUUUGUGUGGAUACAAACAACACAUAACAUUGAGUUUUUAUUACUAAUGUGUACAAAGCAAUGAUAUUUUAAUAUUUAAUCAUUUGAUACUAUUUCAUUUUGGAGCAUAUAUUGACGAUAUAUUGCAUAUCUUUUUCUCCUCCUUUUCUUUUUUAUUUACUACAAGUCUGCAAUAAAGGAGUCAUUAUUAUUUUCUUCAAUUUUUGUUUAGUUUCCCAAACUAAAGUCAUUACUCUCCGGUUGUUAAAACUGUAUUUUUCAAAACAGUUUUUUGCAAAACUGUAUUUUCCAUUCAUAAUUUCAUGAUUUUUUCACAAAAUCAAAAACCACAUAUACCAUUUUUCCAAAUACAGCACUAUGGCACAUGAUCUAAAAAUCCACAACCAAGAAUUUGUGCCAAUCAAUACUUAUAAUAAUACUUGUGCUGAAACACUUUUAUCUAAGAUGUGAGUUUAUUUGUCUUCAGCACAUACACAUACAGCAUUGAAAUAAGUACUUUUAGAGGUUAAUACAAUAAAACGUAACAAGAAUGUAUUGUAUUUCCAAAAAAGUUACGGAUGUGUUGUGAGAAACAACAAGAGCAGGAGAGUGAGUUUGGUUCCCAGAGCCUCUCCACGAUGCACCCCAGCUAUUCAAUAUUUGUGUUUCGUUCCACAAUCAACAUCCCUCAUUCAAGUUACUGAUUAAUUGAACCAAGUGUGCUAGUAGUAGCAUAUAACAAAGACGUAGUUGCCUUCUGUGGUAACAGGCCUUUUUCACAGCAGACAUUUUGACUUGUCAUAACAGGAAAACCACAGGUGUUACUAAUAAAUCAUUAACGAAAACUCUAAGUGUCCCAGUAAGUCAUGACAGUGUGACAGUGAGCCAGCAUGAACAAUACCAUUGGUUGAUUACGUUUAAACAGAUUGGCGCAAAUUCCAGCUUUUACCACUUACACAUCUUAAAAAACACUACAAUCAUGAUAAAGACUUAUGAAAGCAAGUUUUCAGAUCACACUAGAUUGGUCACCACAGAGACUUGACCUCAACAUAAUUGAGGUUGUAUAAUUGCACACAGCCUCAAUUAAAGUUGAGUCUAUUACUAUAAAAGAAAACUGACAAAAACAACCAAAAUUAAAUUAAGAAUUAUGUCAAAUCCUGUGAGCAGCUUGAAAGAAUUUACCGCAGGCGAAAUAUAAAAUUUCCUUUGGUGUGGUGACUUCCCCAAUGCGAAAUACUGCAGUUUUUAAUCCUAAGAAACACCGCACAAAAUAUUGGCUUGUUUAAAGCAAGUUUUGGUUACUUUUUAUUGUACCCAUGUUUCUUUGUGUUUACUCCAGUGUUUUGCACAAAUAAGGUAUCCCACUACUUCACAACAGUGACUAACAUGACCUGGAAGUGGCUGGUUUAAGAACGGCAGGGUUGUGGAUCCCUUGAGCAAGGCCCCUAUUUCCCAAUGUUUCCAGGUACAAUUGUGGAAAUACAGGUUAAGAAUUGCUGUAUGGAGGCGCUCAACAGGCCUAGUAAUUAAGGCACCAG